AUCUGUCCGGACCCUGAGACGCCGCCGUCGUCCCGUGGAGCGGAGCCACACGUUGUCCUUCCUUCGCCCCGCCCUUCUCGGUCGCGGCUGGUUGCCUGUUCCCUCUCCGCGCCAUACGGCCAUACCCAGAGCAAGUAGGUCGUCAAGUAAGUCCGACGACGAGAGAAACAGCCGCCGCUCGGCCUCAUCAUAUGGCGGCCGCCGCCCCGGUUGCGUCCGGGAGCGGCCGCCUCAGCCGCCCGCGCCCGCCCCGUGUGGGGCUGCGCGGCGCGCGGGUCGCCGCCGCGGCGCAGGGGCCGUCCUGCCUCUACGUGGGGCCAAUCGAGACCGCCAGCCAGGAGAAGCUCGAGGCGCUCUACCACCAGGCCAGGGAUUCUUACUACAGUGGUCAGCCAUUGAUCAUCGAUGACAUGUUCGACAAAGUCGAGCUUAAGCUCCGGCUUUAUGGCUCCAAAUCCGUCGUCAAAUACCCCCGUUGUAGCCUCAUAAGGCAUUCAACCUACGCCGACGCCGAGGAGGACCAAUCGAUGUUCAUGGCGUUAUCAAGCAUCUGGAUGCUGCUCCUCCUGUUUGGUACCUCUGCAGUUCUUGUUCCUACUCUGUACACUCUGAGCAUCGCGUUCGGGGAUGUGUUUGGGGCAAGGCACCUUCUGUACGGUGAAAAGUCCCUCGAUGCGGUAACAAGAGUUAACGACUUGGCUUUGGUUGGAUUGGGGUAUCUGGUUGGUUAUCCCAUCGCAUCUGCGUCCGUUGGCGCGCUGCAAGGCUUAUUGUCAAACAAUUUGGUUGCCCUAAAAGGGUCCUGCCCAAAUUGUGGCGAGCAGGUAUUUGCAUUUGUCAAGAUUGAAAAAACCGUGAGAGCACCUCAUCGAGCAGAAUGCCAUGUCUGUCAGUGCCCUUUGGAGUACCGCACGAAAAUUGAGAAAUCUUCGUCAGGGCCUAGAAGAAGUUGGGUCUACGGCCGGGUUUAUCUAGUGAAGCAAGGGCAUCCGAAACGGAAAUGGAUAAAUGAAAAAUUCUAAUUGAUUGAGACUGCUGAGGGAAGUUUAGAUAAUCCCAUGAGAUGGCACUCUUCUGGUCGACUGAAACAUUUUUCAGAUGCCACUUAUUUUGAUCAGAAGGGCUUACUGUGUACGAAUCAUUUGAAAGAUUUGAUCCAGCCAAGUGCUUUGUAAUACAGAUACAUUUCUGAGAUGUCCAGACGCUGCAGAUGAACCCCAUGCUGCAUUGUAUUCUUUUCUGUUUUCUCUUUAGAUGAAUCCAUGAUACAGUUUGGAUGAAGAACUACUGAAGAGGCUACGAAGGUGCCAUUGCUAUCAGGAGGGAGGGUCACUGAAAGGCUCACAGGAGGGAGGGUCACUGAAAGGCUCACACUCUGCACCAAACAUGUUUAAUCAUUUGAUCAAAGAUGCCCACACUCAGCAUGUAUACAGACUUGCUCAAAUGUGAUGUGUUAUACAAGUGUGUGUGUGUGUAUAUAUGAAGUUUUCAGCUUUAUUGUAUGUAUGUUUUCAGAUUAAUUUGCCUGAA